GGCAGCAGUGUGCCAGUAGCCUCCGAACGGGGCUGGGGAGGCAGGACACUCGCCCUUGGGCCAGGCUGAGGUUCCCCUGAAGUGCGUGGAGGUCUCCUGGGAAGACGUGUGUGGAUGAUCUGUUCUCCAACGCACAGGGCUUUUGUGAGGGAGGCAGAGUGAGAUGAAAGGCACAGGAAAGGAAGGACACAGCCCCGGUUAUUCCCUUAUGGUGCUGCUCCACCAUGUUCCACAGCCGUGCCUGGGUGGUGGGCUCAAUUUCAGCACGUGGACCGUAGCUCUUCAGGUGGCACCACUGCACAAGGAAGCUCCAUGAGGAUCCAAAGAAUGAGAUCCAGAGACAUCACUGCUGGAGAAAUGCAGCUACCUUGACCCUCCACUUCGCCAUAAGGGUGUAGAUCCAUCUGUGCAACCACCCCACUGUGCCCUCCUCACCCAGCUGCCCACCAUGCCAGAGCUGGCGGAGCUGAGCAGCCCCCGCACCCCUGCAGACGCAGACCACAUCCAGAGGAACAUCUUGGAGGAGCAUGUGGAGCUCUGGUGGUUCCAGGACCCCAAAAAGUCGAUCCUGUGCUAUGGGAUGGCUGUGGUGCUGAUCCUGGCCUGUGGGAUCGGGGGCAUCAUCCUGCUGUACAGCACCAGCAGCCGGUCCGGAGAGUGGCGGCUGGCCGUGGGCACCACGCUCUGCCUCCUGGCCCUGCUCGUGCUGCUGAAGCAGCUGCUGAGCUCUGCGAUCCAGGACAUGAACUGCAUCCGCAGCCGGGACCAGAUCGAGCUCCUCAAGAGCGGGGGCUUCUCGGACUGCCUGGUGCUGCUGCUCAGCGCCCUGGUGCUGCUGAUCUGCGGGCUGGUGCUCACCGUCCUCUCCACCACCACCAUGCAGCUCAGCCCCGCACGGCCGCUGGCCAGCAUGUUCACCAGCGGGGUGGUCCUGCUGACUGCUGGCAGCGCCAUCCUGCUCUGCCUGCUGCUCUACCUGCUCUGCACCUCCUGCCGCCGGGCCGCCCCUCGGAGCCUGGAGGCGGGCGAGAUCCGCGUCUUCACCAUCUCCGGCCGCCUCGCUGGGAACAGGCGGCUUCCUCCCACCUCCAGCAUGGCCAACCUGAUCUGAGCUGGGACACCUGAGCCAGGACCCGUCAGUGCUGGCCUUUCCCGAAGGAAGGGCGGGAGCUGCGAUGUGCCUUGUGCUUCUGGCCGGGGAUUUGCUGGCAUUUGCGUUGCUGAUGGCACAGCAGAGACUCGGGGUGCCUGGACGGGCUCUGGGACCUGGUGUGUUGGGAGUGCAGUGCUGGCCUGGUUGGUGUUUUAUCUCCUCAAACCUCCUGUGACAGCUGCUCCUGACCUGUGUCACAGAGUGAAGGUGAGCCUGUCCUGUACCCCUGGGGACCCCAGUACUUGCUUGGUUCCUGCAGGUCCCGGAGCUGCCAUGCGCUCUCCUGGCAGGAGAGGCUGUGAUUGUGGGUGGUGUAAAACCACCCUGUGCUCUGUGCAGGGCCGCCAGCUCCUGAGCAAAGUAGAGCCUCUAGCAGCUGGGGAAUGGCAGGGAAUACUCUGUGUCAGCAGGCAUGAGGCACAGGCAAAGGGAGCCUGGUGGGAGGUAUGGCUGCAGGGCCUGCUCCCAAGAAAAAGCACCUGUGUGUCUGUGGGAGUGAGUGUGGGAUUUGUAUGGGAUUCUUUGUGCCAGAGCCACAGCAUGGCUGGAACCUCACAUGAAAUUCUGUUUGUGUUUGCAAUGCCAGGAUCUGUUCCAGCCUUACAUUCCUGCAGCCCACCAUCACCUGUGGUUUAUCAAAGGGGUGAUCAAGGGGUGUCAGGGCCCUGACAGGUUAUCCAUGCUGGACUGUGUGUUGGGGCUCUGUUAUCACACCAGCAUCAGCCACAUGAGCCACAGACAGCAAGGUGCAGUGGCUGGGGGAUGGUGAUGGAAUGCCUGAAUCCCGGGGCUGGUGCUCUCUGCAAGAGUGGUGUGAGGGGGGAGCGCUGUGCCCUCCCACUGCAGUUUCCCAAGCAGAGGCACCUCUGCUGCCAGGAGCCCUGCAGCUCAUCCCAGUCCCUGCCUGUUUCUAUGCUGUUUCUGUCUAGCAAGUGCUGCAGCUCCUGAAGGGCAAAAAAGUUUUUCUGCUGCCUCUUGGGCCUUACCUGGGGCUUUUUUUGGUGUUUUAUCUCUACAAGGUGUCUAUCUCUAAGGUGUCCUUCCCAGAGACAGACUAACAAUUCACCUUGGGAGCUUUUCCUGUGACUUAAAACUAAUUUACGUAUCAAAAUUCACAUUUCCUUCAGAGACCCACUAACCCAUUUCCUGCUCUUUCCAUUGACAUAGAUCUUAACCUCCUAGCAAAGCUGCUCCUGCACAACCUUCUCUUCAUCUUCCUGUCUGCUCCCUUCUCCCCCUCAUCUGAGCUGCCCUGCCCCAGAUGUUGUUUUUGCUCAUUAUUUGCCAAGUUUCCUCUGCAAUGGCACAAGACUGAGCUAUUAUUUUGAAGUGCUUGGUAGCAAAUUCAUUUGGAAGAGGAUGGUAGCUCAUUCCUCUACUAAAAGCACAAGUCACUGUCUCCACACCUGGAGGCAGUGUCAGAGUUCACCAUCAGUGAGCCCCACAAGGUAUAUGCUGGGCAAUGAAGGCUUCAUCCUUUCACAGCUCCAGACCACACUGUCCCUGGUGCAGUGAGAUCGCAUGAGGGCACACCUGUAUUCAUCUGCUCUUGCCCUGCUCCGACUGGCUUUCCUUCCCCUGAAGCCUUGGAUUGUUUCCCCUAAAGUAUGGAUACAUCAUCUGGGCUCUCCUUUCUGUAUCUCUGUUAUUCCUACAUUUUCCUCUGCCACUUGCACUUCAUCUGUAGGUUUUAUUAAACUGCUGUUUCCUCUUCUCUCUGCAUCUCCUCCCUUAAUCUGCUCAAGAGCUCAGAGGGUGUUGCUGAGAUCAGAUUUUUCUGUGCUAAAUCUCUUCAGAGCAAAGAGCUGUCCUUCCCCUCUGGGCUGUUCAGCCCCAGGUCCAGCAGGGACCACUGUGCAUACACAGGGAGGGACAGGCCAGAGCUGCUCUGAGCUCUGCACCAUCACCACUGCUGGUGCUCUGCACGUCUGUGUCAGUGCCUGUGCAGUUGUGCCAGGCUGCACCCCCUCUGGCUGCAUCAGCGCUCCAGCAGUCACUCCCCACUCCCCCAGCCCGCACGUGUGGACAGGCCACAGCUGCCUCUGCCCCAGCUGUUUUGCACAUCUGGGCAUUGCUGUGAAGAUGCGUGACUGUGCCCAGCUCGCAGCUCCGCGCUGCCUGAAUGCCACUGUGAGUCCUACUCCCCUCCACAGCCCCUCCAGAAUGUGCUCCAAGUGCCUGUGAAUUGUGCCGGACAAGGGUGAUCGUGGGCCACAUCAGCAACCCGAGGAGAGAAUGGCUGAGAACAGGCUGUGCCUGAAGAUGAUGGUUUGGGUGUCCGGUGCCCAGAGGGUCAGCCUGCGCUGCCCCAGUCACUGACACCUCUGCAGCAGGGGUACUGGUUUGUGUCUUCCUUAGCUCCCGUGUUGUGUGUGGAAAUACAUAAUAAAGUGUUAGAGAAGCCGA